AUUCCCAAAAAGUCAGCUCUCUCUCUUGCAGGACGGCGUGGCUGAGGUCCCUUGAGCAGGAUGUCUUCCGAAGCUCCUUCAGGCAUAGUAGACCUUGGGAAGAGGACCCUCAAGAAACCGUGCUCCUUCACAAUUGAGAACAUCCUCUCCGGCUCGGCUGAGCGAAGACCCCCUGUCCUCCUCCCGUUCUGCUUCCGAGGGAUCUUGGACUGUGAGCCCAAGGGGCUGUGCUCUCUGGGGGGAAUGGCCGCUGGCCCCCUGCAGCAGCAGGAGGAGGAGGAGGUGGAAGAGGCAGAGGUGGAUGCUGUGCCUUGCGGCUGCUGCUGCUGUGUUCAUAGCGGUCCCUACUCCUGGCAGGACGCUGCAAACUGGCUCACAGACGCAAGGUUUCCCUGGCCCAUGCGGGUUUUCCAUCCCGUCGGCAGGCCGUGCAAGAACCCUCGCGGGAGCCAGAGCGAGCUGCAAGCUUUCCACCAGAUUCAGCGCCGGACCCGUCGCCACCGCACCAUCUUCACUGACGACCAGCUGCAGGCCCUGGAAGCCCUCUUCCACCAGAACCAGUACCCAGAUGUCAUUACCAGAGAACACCUGGCUAACCGGAUUCACCUGAAGGAAGAGAGAGUGGAGGUUUGGUUUAAGAAUCGGCGAGCCAAGUGGCGGCAUCAAAAGAGAGCUUCGGCUUCGGCGCUCGUCCUUCAAGGUGCCAAGAAGUCUUCUGAGGGAAACUGCUGAUGACUGGGAAUGAAGGCUGGAUUUGGCAAGUGCUGAAGGUCCCAUUGGCUUCUGCGCAUCUCGGCGGGAGAGAGGGAGGAGAAACGGAACAGCGAUACGAAACGGGGAGGAAUCGUCAUGAUUUAUUAAGAGGAGAAAGAAGAGAUGGUAUAUUUUCAAGGAGGGGCGGAAUAUAAUGUGUUCAACCCACUG